AUGUCCUACCUUGCCUGUGAACAUGAUCCCGUCGUCAGCGUGCGACCGUCGAGCGGCGGCAUCGUGUACCGGCACACCUCAACACUGAUCCUCGACGUCCAUGUGCCGAUCCACUUUCGCGAGCUCCAAGGCACGCUGGCCAAGCUUACCCGUUGGCUGGAUGAGUAUCUUACCCUCGACGUGAACAAGUUCUUCCAGGACGUAUUCAAGUACGUGCCGGCUCACUCGCCCAUCCCGGCGACCAACGAUCCUAAGACUGUCAUACACAUUGUCGUCAAGCCGGUCUUCGCCACGGUUCAGGCGGCAUACGUCGCCCGCCGCCAAGCGACAGACGCGUUGAAGACUCAGCUCGGCCUGUUUGUCUUCGAGGUAGUGCUUACCCCGGACAGCAAAGACAAGAUCGAGGAUCUGGCAAGGGCCAUGUCGGCGGCCUCGCGAGCGGCUCUUGACAAUCUCCGCCGCGCUGCGGAAGCGUGCCGCGACCGCGCCUAUUGA